CUACAGCCUGGUGGUUCUCACUCCUGUUUGAGCAUCAAAAUCAUUCAGAAGUUAAGAAAAAUAAACCAGACUGAUCCCGAUGGCUUGCUCCCUAGAAGACUCUGUCAGGAGGGGCCAGAGGUGGGGCCAUGGUAUCCGUCAUUUUAAUUAGUUCCCACUGAUUCUGACCUGUCGCUGAGAAUAAGGGCUAUGGCUAAAUACUGCUUUUCUGCACCUAAUUUUCAUACAAGCCUACGCUCAGGUUAGAGAUGGGUGGCAUGAGUCUGCGGGGCCUGCCGCUCUCACUGUCCCCAAGGACUCCAGUCUGUUUGCCUGAUUUAGCCCUGGAAGGUCUGCCUGUGCCUGGGACAUUCCUGCUGACCUUUCCCGGAAGCAGCCUCCUUGCCAACGUCUUGAGUCUCUUUCCCAGCUCACUAGGGUGAGGGGUGGAGGUAGGGACCUGGCGAGUAGCAUCUUCCAGCACCUGGCUUGGGAAAAGUGCUGUGUCUCAGGGACAUUCCUGGCUUCUUGUCACCACCAUGUGGUCCGAUCCUUAUCCCAGGAGUCAUCAGACUGGGAGUUGCCUUCUACCCUGGUUGUGAGGGAAAUUUUCCUCCGACAGAGACCCGGAGUGCCUUGAGGUGGUGAGCAGUGAGACGAGGCAAGGGCUGGGCUGGAACCUCUGUUUGGGCCACAAGUGUUGCUAGGAGCUGCUCUGCCUUCUGGGGCCUGGGUGGGGAUGGUGGCGGCUGGCUUCCAGGUGGAAGGCAGGUUUUCUAGUUCCUGAUAGAGAGGAAGUCGGCACUGCAUCCUGCCCUGUCCCCAGAUGGUAUCUCGAGGGAGCUACUCUCAAGUAGAAAUUGGGAGAUAUGGCCUUUACCUCUAAUUUUAUCAACGAUCAGCUUCCUAUCUGUCAGGGUGAAAUGGGUCACCAUUAUCUCAGCAAAGAGUUUAUAAAACUGUGUGAAGUUGCAGAGCCUGAGGUGAGACCCCUGUUAUAUGGAAAGAGAAUGAAGUUAGGGCCAGAGCAAGAGCUAGUGCCUGACCCAGGGGUUUAGGGGAGGCCGGGAAGGGGUGGGGAGUGGUCCAACGGUCAGCCCCAGGACAAUGAAGUGACCCUCUGAGGGGGCCUGAGGUUUGGCUUGGUCAGUGACGUGAGAAUGAGGGCCAAGAACCUCGUGCAGAUAGAGACUGGCCCAUCCUGAGAGGAAGCGAGAGCUGGUUUCUGGGGGGACCCCGCUGGUGCCUGAGUGAUGGGCAGGGCCACCAAGUGCAGCCUUCACCAUGAGCUUCCAGGGCAGCUAGCAGAGUAACGGAUGUUUGAAGAAAAUAGAAACCGGUGCAGAAACAAAAUGUCAGAUGUCCCCUUGACAAAUUCCAUUGUCCCGAGACCCUAAGGUGUUCAUGUCACAGUGAAGCCAGGUGUGUCAGUUUUACUGACACUUCUCACAAUGAACUUUGCCCUCAGUCAGGCAGCCUGGGCACUUAGGAGGUUUGAUGCAACCAAGAGAGUCUACAUGUCAGACAAAAGGUGUCCUUUGGUCCUGUGGCAGAUUUUUUCACUGUGAGAAUGCUUUGGCUCCUGAUGGGCUGCCUGUGAGACAGUUUAGAAAGUGCUUGCUCCUUGUACUGGCUUCUCUCUGGCCCCCCGCACCACAGGUCCCUGGAUGUUACAGGUCAGAGCCCUCUGGACCCCCGAGGACUGUACUCACAGCCCAGGAAGUAGCUGCUGCCGCUUGACAACCUCCCAGGCACCUUCUCCUCCCGGGGGCAUGGGCACCCGUGACGCUGUCCCUCCAGCUAAGGUUCUGGCUCCAGUGGCUGUGUACUGUGGGAGCGUCCCUCGGAGCAGGGCCGGGCCCUGCACACUCCCGAGUGGAAGCAGCAACGCCAGCCUGCAGACUUACAGAGAAGCCUCUCUCCAGCCAGAGCCGAGCAUCCUGCUGGAGAAGCCAUCCCCGCUGUUGGGUGGACAUGGGGACCCUGGCAACCUCAAGCUGGGCACUCCCCUGAAGGGCUGGCAGGCCAGGAAUGGCCACCCCAGGAUCCCGGGGGCCCUGUCUCUGCGGCCCCACCCUCUGGGGCCCCUCCCCUCGCUGGAGUCCGAGGCCAACAGCGUGGCCCGGGACACCACCCAGAUCAAGGACAAGCUCAAGAAAAGGAGGCUCUCGGAUGGCUUGGCAGUGUCUUUGCGAGCCUCUCUGGAUCCUGCGGGGGGCCCCAGAGGAGUUCCCCUGAGGAGCACCAUCCCUCGGGGCCUCUCCCAGAGGCUGCUGAAGAUGCCCAGGCCCAUGCCUCCCAUCCAGAGCAUCCCUGCCACCCCCGAGACCAGCGCAAUGAAAGAGCAGGACCUGGACCCGCCAGGGAGCAGUCAGGCUGCCCAGGAGCUGAGGCCUGGUGCCCAGGAGGUGCAGAUCUCCCGGCAGUACCUGCACUGCAACGAUGAGAAGAUGCACAAGUCACUGGGGGGCAUUGUCAUCCCGCCCAUCCCAAAGGCCGAGGUGUCCCCUGGGACCUCCUCCUGUGCAGCUGGGUCCCUUCCCAGCCUCCUGCCUCCAGGCCAGGAUGUCCUCGUGGGCCCGAGGGUGCCCCCCACACGAUUGGUUCUGGAGAGUGGGCCUCAGGAGAAGACCCCUCAGUCUCUGGAGCCAAAACCUUUGGCCCCAUUCAUCAGAGACAGGUCUGCUGCCCCUGAGAAGCCUGCCCUGCCCUCAUCUCAUUCUGCUCCUACACUGACCGCCUUCUCCUUCAUCCAUGCGAAAGAUGCCCACCCCUUGCUGAAAGAGGUGGAGCAAAAGGGCAGCAACAGCAAGAUCCAGGUCACCAUUUCCAAGUCUGCCCAGGAGAAGAUGCGGCUGAAGCAGAUGAAGGAGAUGGAGUUGUUCCAGAGGGUGAAGGAGCCCGAGAGGGAGCGGGAGCUAGCUUCCCACAGCCUGGUCUCCCAGAGAACCUUGGCAAAGGAAGGCCUCCUUCCCCUCCGGGGCAGCGGGACCCUGUCUGUGCCCACUGGGCUGAGCAGCCCACGCAGAAACAACAUCGGCUCCACUCUGAGGAAGCGGGCCAACCGGGCCUCACUCCCCUGCAUCCCUGUCAGCAAGCAGGAGCCCGGCUUUGCCCGUCAUGCGUCAGCUAACUCAUUACCUGCCAUGCUGACUUUGGGGUCUCCUGAAUGGGAAGAAGAGGAGGAGGAGAUGGACCUCAGAGCCUUUAAGGAGUUGAGGCCUUUCUCGAACCCUGAGCUGGGGCUGCUGGAGGCCCUCCAGUGCCUGGACAGCAGCGACUGGCAGAUGAAGGAGAAGGGUCUGGUGAGCAUCCGACGCCUGGUGGCCUGUCACUCUGAGGUCCUCCCCGGGAGGCUGCACGACGUGUCCUUGGCCGUGACUGGGGAGGUCACCAACCUCCGCUCCAAGGUGUCACGCCUGGCCAUCAGCACCCUGGGAGACCUCUUCCGGACCUUGAAGAAGAGUAUGGACCAGGAGGCCGAGGAGAUCGCCCGCUGCCUGCUGCAGAAGAUGGGGAACACCAGCGAGUUCAUCCAGAGAGCGGCCAACCGGUCGCUGGGGGCCAUGGUGGAGCAUGUGACCCCUGCCCGCUCCCUGGUGGCCCUCACCUCAGCGGGAGUCUACCACCGAAACCCCUCAGUCCGGAAGUGCACUGCCGAGCACCUGUCAGUCAUCCUGGAGCAGAUUGGCGCCGAGAAGCUUCUGUCUGGCCCCAGGGACAGCACAGACAUGCUGAUGCACAACCUGGUGAGGCUGGCCCAGGACUCCAACCAGGACACCAGGUUUUAUGGACGGAAGAUGGUGAAUAUCUUGAUGUCGAACGCAAAGUUUGAUGCAUUUCUGAAGCAGUCUCUCCCAUCUCAUGACUUACAGAAGGUCAUGGCGGCCAUUAAACAGCGGGGAAUUGAAGAUAGAGAUGAACUUCCAUCUGCUAAAGGCCACAAGGUGUCAAGAAGUCUGGUGGUGGGUGAGAACGGGCUGCCCAGCGAGGACAGGCUCAGCUUCAAUGGCCCUCGGCCCGUGGGGCUGCGCUCCUCCUUGCGGGGUGGCUUGGCGAUGGGCGAGCAGCUGCGGGAGGUGAUGCGGCUGCUGGAGGCCAAAGAGUACCAGUCCCGGAUGGAAGGCGUGGGGCGGCUCCUGGAGCACUGCAAGGCCAAGCCUGAGCUCGUCACCGCCAACCUGGUCCAGGCUUCAGGAUUCCAACAAGAAAGUGAACCAGUGGGCACUGGAGUCGCUUGCCAAGAUGAUCCCCCUCCUCAAAGAGAGCUUGCUCCCCAUGCUGCUGUCCAUCAUCAUCGCAGUGGCAGACAACCUCAACUCCAAGAGCGUGGGGGUGUAUUCCGCUGCAGGGACCGCACUGGACGCCUUGAUGGAGAGUCUGGACAACCUUUGCCUCCUACAAGCAUUUGCUGGGCGGGUGCGUUUCCUGAGUGGCCGUGCGGUACUUGAUGUCACAGAACGUCUGUCCGAAGAGUCACGGCCGCCUCUGCCAGCUGGGGAGGCCCACACCUGUCAGCCAGGUGACCCCCGCCCUGCCCUGCUGCACCGGGGUAUCUGGAAGUGACCAAAGUGAGCUUCUUGGGGCGAGAGUGUAAAUGCCUCACUGCUGGGAGGGGGAGAGUUCAGUGAGAAGGGCGGCAUGUCAGGGAGGAAGAGCAGGUAAGGUGUGGCUGUUGGGGGCAGGUGGGCCCUCACUCCUUGCUUGGGACAGGUGAGCUCCUGCUCCUGGUGGGGGCAGGGAGCCCUGCCAGGGCCUGGUAUUAUUAUCCUGAGAUAAUCCUCACCAUCUGCAGGUGAGCUUCAGUGGAGAUUUAGGACACUUUUGGUUACAGUAUACCUGCUAAUCAGGAUUAUUGGUUUUCUUUUGGUUUCCUCUGACUGCCCUCCCUGCCACCCCCACCCUGGCCCUGACCAGCUGCUUUCCUGUUCCCUGCGUUCUCCCUUCACAGCUUGUUUGCGACACAGCUAACGGCUCCCACCUCUUGGCUCUGCUUUAUGUCGCUGCUCAAUGCCAGCGUGGCUGGGUGGCUUACGGUGCAGUCCUGCUCCAUCAGGAGUGAGGGCCACCUUUACCUCUGAGGGCUCUGUGACACUGGGGAGCCCCCUAGAAGGCCCCACAGUGUGGGGUGCAGGCACCCUGAGGGUAUGGCCUGAAGGUCAAUGUACACGUUCCAUGGGAUAUGGCAUUGUGA